GCGCAACUGCCCUCAAAAAAUUUUCGGAGAGCAAUGGCGGCGGUGUGAAUUGAUUUCAGUUUUGUUUCAAGCAAGUAUGGCCAGGCUGGGUUUCAUAACAGCCUCGUUUUUUAUAGUAGCAGAUGCUUUAGUGACUGUAGCCUUGCUGAAACCUGAAUGGAUCGUAUCCAAAUUUGCUGGAUCUACCAGCUUUGGUUUGACAAAAACAUGCAUCACUUUUAAAGGGCAAAAGGAAAUUUGUACAGCUCCUCAUUUACCAAGUGAAUGGGGAGCAACAUUGGUGUUUCUUGUUAUUGGCACUAUACUUAUAAUGGCUUCAGGUAUUUUGAUCAUUUGUUCACAUUGGAAAGAAAGUUUUCUUAAAGGAGCAAGAUGGAUGUCAUUUGUUGGAGUGAUCCUAUUCUGCUUGUCAGCUGUUAUAUUCCCAUUUGGUUUUGAUAUUCCUGAAAUUGGCGGAGAAGCGUACAAGUUACCACCAAAUACAGAAGUUGGAAUGUCAUAUUACUUGUUCUUCGCUUCACUGUUUUUUGCUGUUAUGGGCUGUGGACUCUCAAAUUUGUAUGUUCUGCAAAUAAAUUUUCAAUAAUUUUUUGUUUUGAGAAAAGUAAAGAGACAAAUUGUAUAAAUUAAGAAAGGUCUCUGAAGUGUAGUAAAUAUUGAAAAUGAUUGUGUUCCUAAGAUGUUGUACAUAAUAAACUGGGACUGAUCAGUAAUUUCUGUUUUUGCUAGAAAUAAUUACUGUUCUUUCAGAAUUUCCAUUUGAUCAGUUUGCUGAUCAAAUUGGAAUGCUGAAUCCAGUACUAGUUAUCCUAGGUAAGUAAAUUAUCAACUGAAUUUAAAUUCAUUGUAGACGACAAGUCACAGUCAUGUUGUCCCAUUAUAGGUAGAGUAUUUUCCCCAAUAUGGAAGCUUUCUGUUGUUCUCCAAA